AUGUCUUCGAGCUCUGCAUAUCACCAUCAAUCAAAUCCACCAGACUCUCCUGUGGAUGAUGCGGAUUCCGACCUUGAGCUGGACUUGCAGGAACUGGAUCCAAUAACUUCUCCAACUUCAAAAUCAUCCAAUUCUUCUUCACACAAUCAACAGAACUCUAGUAAAGAAAGGCGAGGUCCCAAUAUACCCUUAAGAAAUCUGCGUAUGGGUGGUUUGCGAAAUUUUGCUAGAAAUAGAGGUUAUGGUGAUUUAGGAAGAAACAGGGAUGUCGAUACAGAUAGUGAGGAUCUGCGAGGUUUAUUAAAUGACGAUUUGGGAGGGGAUGGUAUGGGGAGGAUGUCUGGAGGAAGUGAGAAUGCCGUGGACGACGACGCACCUUUAUUAUCAGGAGAUGGAAGUGGGAGUGGGAGAUCUCGAAGAGGACGUCGGUCAAGCUUCGACAAAGUAAAGAAUAUAUCAUCACAAAUACGGCUUCCAAGCUUCUUAUCAGGAAAUAACCCUUCGCAGCCACGGCCAGAAGAAGGUGAAGAGCAAGACGACGAACAUGAUCCAGCUUCAUCGAGAACAGUGCAAGUUGGUGCCACACAAACUUCACGAUUUCCUCCUAAUGCCGUUUCGAAUGCGAAAUAUACCCCGAUUAGCUUUUUACCACGAACUCUGUAUAACGAAUUUUCUUUCUUUUUCAACAUGUACUUUUUACUUGUCGCUUUAUCUCAAGCGAUACCACCUCUGCGAAUUGGAUACCUCUCAACAUAUAUCGUGCCUUUAGUAUUUGUUCUGGCGAUCACCCUGGGGAAGGAGGCUUUUGAUGAUAUUGGAAGACGAAGACGAGAUUCCGAAGCGAAUUCCGAGGGAUACACUGUUUUAUGUUUCGAUAAACCUUCAAAGGCGGACACGGAUAAAUAUAGUGCAAGGAAGAAGUUGAAGUCCAAGGGAAAAGCAAAGAAAGGAAAACCUUUACUCCAACCGGAUCGCUUGUCAGAUAUACAAGAAGAAGAGGAAAAUACUCAAUGCCAAGGACGAGAUGCACCAAGUUCGAGUGUUCGUGAGGUGGUCCGAAAAUCUAGGGAUUUAAAAGUCGGGGAUGUCUUGAAAUUAGGAAAGGAUCAAAGAGUACCUGCCGAUGUCGUUAUUCUGAAGAGUACAGCCAAUGAAUCUUCAGCUGCGGUAUCACAUGAACCUGCAGUGACCAAUAUAGUUGAGCCAUCCGAGUCUUUACUGGUAGAUCCAAUAUCUGAUCCUUCAAUUGAUCAAUCUACAGCCACUACUUCAGAAUCUAGAGAGUCAACUUCUCAACUUGGAAAUACACCUUCAGCAGAUGCAGCAGGCGCAGGUGAAACCUUUAUUCGAACAGAUCAAUUGGAUGGCGAGACAGAUUGGAAAUUGAGAUUAGGCUCUCCUUUAACUCAAUCUCUUGACCUGUCUGAAUUCAUACGUCUCCGUGUUGUAGCUGGGAAACCCGACAAAAAGGUUAAUGAUUUCAUCGGUACCGUUAGUCUUCUUCCCAAAGGUGCUAAUGGGUAUGACCCACAUUUGCCAAAAGGGGGAGCGGACCCUGAUAAUAACGAGGAAGACGGAGAUUCAGCACCAUUAACGAUUGAUAAUACUGCUUGGGCCAAUACUGUUCUUGCCUCAAGUGCUACCACUUUGGCAGUCAUCGUUUAUACUGGACCUCAAACUAGAUCAGCUCUUUCUACAUCUCCAUCUCGAUCAAAGACCGGUCUUCUUGAGAAUGAAAUCAACUCCCUUACUAAAAUCCUUUGCGCCUUGACACUCACACUAUCUAUUGUUCUUGUGGCGUUAGAAGGGUUUGAGCAUGUUGAAGGAGUCAAAUGGUAUGUGAAAAUCAUGAGAUUCUUGGUAUUGUUUUCUACAAUUGUACCCAUCAGUCUCCGUGUAAAUCUGGAUAUGGGAAAGAGUGUUUACUCUUGGUUCAUUCAACGAGAUCCAGGAAUUGAAGGAGCUGUUGUUCGUACAAGUACUAUACCUGAAGAACUUGGUCGAAUUGAAUAUCUACUAAGCGACAAAACCGGAACACUCACACAAAAUGAAAUGGAAAUGAAGAAAAUUCAUGUUGGAACUGUCUCAUAUGCGAACGAAGCAAUGGAUGAAGUCGCCUCCUAUGUCAAACAAGGAUUCUCGGUUCCUGUAGAUGCCAAUCAAUCUUCAGUACUUGUCACACCAUCAUCUGUCGCUUCAACUACUGUUACCGCCACUCGAACCCGAAGAGAGAUUGGGUCGAGAGUACGUGACGUAGUCCUCGCUCUUGCUCUUUGUCAUAAUGUCACUCCAACCAUUGAAGAAAUAAAUGGUCAGGAUGUAACAUCUUAUCAAGCUUCUUCACCUGAUGAGAUUGCGAUUGUUAAAUGGACUGAAGCCGUUGGGUUGCGGUUAAUUCAUCGUGAUAGGAAAGGGAUGCUUUUACAAUCAGUCGAUACUGGUCGUUCCGUCGUUCGUGUUCGUAUUCUUGAAGUCUUCCCUUUUACAUCCGAAGGAAAACGUAUGGGAAUCAUUGUUCAGUUCCUUGAUGGUUCUGAAACAUCUUCGAGCAGUAAUCUCGAAGCUGGAGAGAUUUGGUUCUAUCAAAAAGGUGCAGACACUGUUAUGACUUCAAUUGUCGCUGCAAAUGAUUGGCUUGAUGAGGAAACUGCAAAUAUGGCCAGAGAAGGUCUUCGCACUUUGGUCGUUGGACGAAAGAAAAUGUCUGUUCAAAACUACAAGGACUUUUCGCAAAGUUAUAAAGAGGCUUCAGUUUCGAUUAGCAACCGAGAUACCGGUAUGGCUCGUGUGGUUUCACAUUUCCUCGAGAAGGACCUUGAACUUUUAGGUGUCACUGGUGUUGAGGAUAAGCUUCAGAAGGAUGUCAAACCUUCCUUAGAAUUAUUACGAAAUGCAGGUAUCAAGAUUUGGAUGUUGACUGGUGACAAAGUCGAGACUGCUCGAUGCGUUGCUGUCAGUGCCAAGUUGGUAGCAAGAGGUCAAUAUAUACAUACUAUCGAUAAGCUCAGGCGAAAGGAUAAUGCUCAGGAUCAUCUCGACUUUCUUCGCGGCAAAACUGAUGCUUGUCUCUUGAUCGAUGGCGAGAGUCUAGCUUUACUCCUAACCCAUUUUCGAACCGAAUUCAUUUCUUUAGCAGUUCUUCUCCCAGCAGUCAUUGCAUGUCGAUGUUCACCAACUCAAAAAGCCGAUGUCGCAAAACUCAUUCGAGAAUAUACCAAAAAGCGCGUUUGUUGUAUUGGAGAUGGAGGAAAUGAUGUUUCCAUGAUCCAAGCUGCGGAUGUGGGUGUAGGUAUAGUUGGAAAAGAAGGACGACAAGCCUCUCUUGCUGCAGAUUUCUCCAUCGAACAAUUCUGUCAUCUCACCAAACUUCUCGUUUGGCAUGGACGAAAUAGUUAUAAACGAAGUGCUAAACUCGCCCAAUUUGUGAUUCAUAGAGGUCUCAUCAUUAGUGUGGCCCAAACAAUGUAUAGCAUUGCUAUCAAAUUCGAACCAGAAGGCUUAUACAAAGAUUGGCUGCUCGUCGGCUACGCAACUGUUUAUACCAUGGCACCAGUCUUUUCUCUAGUUCUUGAUAAAGAUGUUGACGAAGAUCUCGCAAAUCUUUACCCUGAGCUUUAUAAGGAACUAACAUCUGGCUCAUCACUUUCCUACCGAACAUUUUUUGUUUGGGUUUUUGUUUCCAUUUACCAAGGUGGAAUGAUCCAGGGUCUUUCUCAAAUUCUCACAGAAGUCGAUGGGCCGAGAAUGGUGGCAGUUAGUUUUACAGUAUUGGUACUAAAUGAACUCACGAUGGUGGCUUUCGAGAUAACGACAUGGCAUCCAGUUAUGAUAAUCAGUCUGAUUGGGACAGGUUUGCUGUAUUUGGGAAGUAUUCCAUUCUUGGGAGGGUAUUUUGACUUGUCGUUCGUUGUUACUUGGGGUUUUGUAUGGAGGGUCGCGGCUAUCUCGGCAAUUUCACUCAUUCCACCGUAUGCUGGGAAAUUGAUUAGGAGGACGAUCAAGCCGCCUAGUUAUAGAAAGGUGCAGGGGAUAUAA